GGAAGUGGAGCUGCCGCCACCGCCGCCGCUGAUUCUGGAGCCGGGGUAUCUGUUGCCACCGCCGCCACUGCAGCCGCCACUGCAGCCGCCGCCGCUGCGCCUGAAGAGUGGGCUUGGGAAGGAAGCGGUCGCCGCGCUUGGAGCUUCGCUCGGAAGCGUCUUUGCCCCCUGCAGCCCUCCCACGGGAAUGACCAUGGAUAAGAGUGAGCUGGUCCAGAAAGCCAAACUCGCCGAGCAGGCUGAGCGCUAUGACGACAUGGCCGCAGCCAUGAAGGCAGUCACGGAGCAGGGCCACGAGCUCUCCAACGAGGAGAGGAAUCUGCUCUCUGUCGCCUACAAGAAUGUGGUGGGUGCCCGUCGUUCUUCCUGGCGUGUCAUCUCCAGCAUUGAACAGAAAACAGAGAGGAAUGAGAAGAAGCAGCAGAUGGGCAAAGAGUACCGGGAGAAGAUAGAGGCGGAAUUGCAGGACAUCUGCAAUGAUGUUCUGGAGCUGUUGGACAAAUAUCUUAUUCCCAAUGCUACACAACCAGAAAGUAAGGUGUUCUACUUGAAAAUGAAAGGAGAUUAUUUUAGGUAUCUUUCUGAGGUGGCUUCUGGAGACAAUAAGCAAACCACUGUGUCAAACUCCCAGCAGGCUUACCAGGAAGCAUUUGAAAUUAGUAAGAAAGAAAUGCAGCCUACACAUCCAAUUCGACUUGGCCUGGCUCUUAAUUUCUCAGUCUUUUAUUAUGAGAUUCUAAACUCUCCUGAAAAGGCCUGCAGCCUGGCAAAAACGGCAUUUGAUGAAGCGAUUGCUGAAUUGGAUACACUGAAUGAAGAGUCUUACAAAGAUAGCACCCUGAUCAUGCAGUUACUUAGGGACAAUCUCACUCUGUGGACGUCGGAAAACCAGGGGGAUGAAGGAGAUGCUGGAGAGGGAGAGAACUAAUGUCUGUCGCGCUUUGUGAUCUGUUCAGUAUCACUCUGUAUCCUCCACAUAUAUCCCUUUGUGCGAUAAAAAAAAAAAAAAAAAAAAAAAUGUACGUUGACUUUCGAUUUUUCACAGCCUCAGCCUAGCAAAAAUAGUCCAUGGAAUAAACAGCUGGUGUUUGUAUCUAAAACUCAGAUUGGUCACAUAAAUGCCACGGCAUUCUGAAGUUUUGAUUUUGAUUAACAUUGACAGGAUUACUGUGUGCUUAAUUUUUUUUAAAACUGAACACUGUGAUUAUGGGGUUUUGUAAUUUAGCAGAACUCUUACUGGUAGAAAAAAUAAACCUGAAUUAUGUGUAACUUUUUGGAAGGUUCAAUCUGAUAUCAGAAUAGUCACUGAAAUACAAUUCCAUUGUAAAGUUGUACAGAAAGUUAUAGAGAUUAUAUUGUGAUGCUGGGACGUGGAGUGAGAUGCCUAUCAUUUGGCGUUCAAGAUUUAUGGUAAUUCACAGUAAUUCUGCCUUUUGUUCAGGGCUUAUAGACACUUGACCAGUUUGGGCUAUUGUCACUUAAAAGUUCAUGACCACACAUGUCCACAGUAUCUUCCUCUGAGGAAACUCGAAGCCUGAAAUUUAAAUUCUUUGUGGCAGAUAACUGGGUUAUGACAGCGCAAAAAGGUCUAGUGCUCAUAUAACGCAUGUGACUAAACCCUCUUUCCUACAGCAGUGUGUUACCGAUCUGUAGCUUGUGCUUCUGUAGUAGUCUGUUUCCUUGUAACCACUGAACUAAAGAACAAAAGAAGCCGUGUGUUUCAUGAAUGGCCUUAUCUGUUUCCUGGAUAAUAUCUUUAAGAAUAGUAUUCUGUAGAGAUUGCCUUUCACCCAGUCUUUGGGUUCUUCCUAGCUCGGGCCUUUUAAAUUUUGAAAUUUAAUCCACCUUUACCACUGUCCUUUUUGACUGUUGACUUUGGUUUUCUCUUCCUUCUUUAGAUUUCUGUCCUUCCACUUUCUUCCUUUUUUUUUCUUUUUAGUACUUUAUGGGUAGGGGGUGAGAGACAUUGGUGAACAACUUGGUGAACAAGCCUUGCUUUAAAUAGUUGAGAAGAGCUUCUGGCACCAUAGCUCUGUCGUCCUCCAGUUCUCAGCACAGUUGUUGCUCUUCAGUUGUACCAAGAUUUGAAUCAAAAAAGUAUUUUAAAUAUCCACGAUUUCUCCCUGUAUUGUAGCCAGCCCUGAUAAUGCUUGUUAGUACCAUCACCAGAUCUCCCAAAUGUACUCAUCCAGCCCAGUUCUCACACAUGUUUAAACAAGACCCUAUAAUGCAGGGAAGUUCAAUGGACACUGCAAUGGAGAGAACCAAGAAUAGCCAGGCCUAUCAGUCUCAAGUUUUACCCCUCCACCUUUAACAUUCCAUGUAGCUGUAGAGUCCAUCUGUUUGUCCAUCUGCUGAAAUGAGAAAAGAAAAAUUCAUGCACUGAUUUAAAACAAAUAAAAAAGAAAACAGCAACAACAAAAAAAUCCCUGUGUUUCUAGCUGAAAAAAAUGUGCAGUUAAUACUUGGCGCUUGAAAAUGCAGUAGUGAAUGUGGAACCCAGCCUGUCUGUAUAUCUGGUAGCUCUUUCUUGCUUUGUUUUUCUUUACCAGUAUCCUGCCUAACGUUUGCUUCUGUGAUGGUUAUAUUGCCUAGCAAGCACACCUGUGGUUGUGAAAAUAGUAUAGCAAAAAAGAAAAAUCCCCGGUUAUUGAUGUACUAGAUUUGUGUAUGUCUUUUAAACAGUUCUAGUUUCACCUUACAUGGAAUAAUCAGGAAAAGUGUAAAA